GGGUGUGGGUGUGGGUGUGGGUGUGGGUGUAGGUGUGGGUGUGGGUGUGGGUGUGGGUGUGGGUGUGGGUGUGGGUGUGAGUAUCCUGUGAGUCUACAACGACACCCACACCCACACCCACACCCACCCACACCCACACCCACACCUCGUUAGUUCUGCUGAGAGAAAAUUAUCUCUUCUCGUAUUCUUCAGGUGUGCGUCAUGAUUUAUGAUAUGUAUUCUUUUGCAUCUAUUGUAAUAUAUUAUAAUAAACAUGUUUCAUCAAGAAUGCACAUUAACAGUACAUAAGAAUUUCACAUAUUGAAAGAUAAGUCGUUAACAUUCAUCAUUUACAACACUUUUUUUAUUUUAAUAAAAAAAAAAUACGUGACUAUAAAACUGAAGAAUCUAUCAAAAAACAACUAAUUCUGAAGUUUUAUUUCUCUUAUUUAUUUUCAAUAAGAUUACCUUGUACAUCAUCAUCAUCAUCAUCAUCAAUGACAUCUUCUUUAAUAGUGAUUUUUGAUGUAUUUGUUUGAUCAUUUUCAUCUUGAUUAUCUUGCAUUGUUUCUGCAUCAUCAGUUUCAUUUUCUUCAUUGUUAUUAUUAUUAUCGUCAUCAUCAUCAUCAUCAUCAUAUUAUUUUUCAUCAUUUCUAUUUGCUUUUUCUUUGGCUGUAUUAGCUUCACCAUUAAUUUGUUCAUCAUCUUCAUUAUCGUCAUCAUCAUCAUCAUCUUUUUCACCUAAUUCUUGUUAUUCAUCUUUAUCAUUUGAAUCAUUAAUUGUUAUCUUAUCACGAAUCUGUGCUGAUCUUAAAAGAGCACUUGUUGUUAAUUCUUUACGUUUUUUAUUUAUUGAACGACAUAAACGUGAAAUAAAAUAUGUUUCAAAUGAACAUAUUAUUUCAUUUAAUUGUUUUUUUCCAUAUUUUUCAUCAAAAUAA